AUCAAUAGGAAACCAAGAAGGAAUUUAUAAGGUACAUAGUGUGUAAAAUGAAAAAUGUAUGAACAAUUCCAAUGUUUCCAAUUGUUCGAUAAUUCAUGUCGUCUCUUAUCCUUUCUGGCAGUGGUACCACGUACCGUUGGCUUAGAUCAAACCUAUGGCCAACAAAUUGAACGGACUUGCAUUUUCCAUUGCAUGUGUUACAGCAUACCCGGUGACACCUCAUCCACCAACAGGUUUUGUUCCUGCGCCAGCACAGCCUGCUACCUACGGUAGUACACUUGCAGGCGCUGGACCGUAUGGAGUAUUUCCUAAUCAGCCACAGCUGUACGCAGCACAAGGUCCGCCACCGCCGACGUAUGAUCAAACUCUUACUCAUCCGAUGAUGUAUCAACCAAUGUAUGGUCAAGGAUAUCCAGGAUAUUUAGCUGGUUAUCCUGCAUAUGGCCCACUACAAUAUUACCCACCGUUAGCUGCAGCUGCGGCGUAUUAUCCUGCAGCAGCAAUGCAGCCUCCAGUUAGGCCUCCUACACUCGUGAUGCCUAAUGGGUUCGAUGCUACUAAUCGCUUUGAUAGUAUCUCGCAACCUGUCUUGCCGCCACCUCCAACAGUUCCAAAUGCUGCCCAAUUAGCUGCAAUGGCGAGUCACAGCGUGGCUAUAUCGCAAAAGAAAAACUUUCUAGGAGGAGGAACAGAUGGCGGUUACACCUUUUGGUAAACCAUUAAACCUUUUGUGAAACACUAAGUCUAACAAAGGCAUUGUUGUCAAGAUGAUCCAUGUAGGCAAAUCUGAUUUAUGUUAGAAUUCUACUAUUUUCACAUUGGGAGCAGCUAUUAAAUUAGUAUAUCUUGUGCGCGGACCGAUCGCAAAAGUAACACUUUCUAAUUCUUGCAAUAUUUAAAAUAUUUAGUGUACUUUUUGUUUUUUAUUUUCCGUUAAUUUGACACAGAUUGAUAUGUGACAUAGUUAUCAGUGCACAAUGCGAUUUUCAGAUCUUAGCAAUCGGUCGGCGCAUCGAACAUACUAUGAGAUUUAAGAGAAACAUUAAGAAGGGAAGACUCGUGCGACGCUCGCCAUACGAUUGCAAAACUACUAUUUCAAUUAACUCAAAAAGACCAGAAGUACAUUUUGUAAAUUAAAGAUGGGUGGAAGUGGAAUCGUAGGUCUUUGAUAAUACAUUGUUGUCUCUUGGUGGUAAUGAUCAAGUGAUAAGUGAAUCUCUUGAUGUACUUAAAGUAAAAUUUAAGAAUAUGAUGGAUAUUUAAAAAGCAAGAUAUUGUUUGAAAUUAUGCGAUUAUCAUGCGAUAUUAUGUUCAAGUAAUUUUAAAAUAUCGCACAGUAUAUUUGGUAUUCCAAAUGUUAUAAAAUUUCUUUCAAAAAUGAUAAAUUUUAGUUAAGCGAUGUAAAAAAAUUCUCUCAUUCAAGUACGUUUUGCUUAAUCUUUCCGCAGUUAACAACAAAUUUGUUUUGACACGCACGAGAUGUUCCAUUUUUAUUUAAUAAAACGGAUAUUGUACGCGAGCGAGAGUAGGGAACACGUUGUGUUGUUCUUCUUUUUAGAGUUAGCGGGUGAAUACGUGCACCAGUGGAUGCGAGUUGUCUCAUUCGCCUACAGGGAUCGAUAUUCAAAGUGUGUUCUAAGCCUUUUUUAAGCGCGACUUGGUUUUCUGUAAGGCAAACCGAAGAGCAAAGGGGCUACUCGCGUUAUUUCUGUAACUUUCUAUACGACUAUAUAUUUUUUUCGAUAUUUUUUCUCUUGGAGUUUUUAAUGUUCCGAACUUUUGUUUUCCAACGUGAAAAAAAAAAAUCAUCAUGGGUAGCCCUAAUGUUUAGAAAAAAGAACAUGUACAUGAUAGGAGACCGAGGAAUGCGUGAGAGCCUUUCGUAAUUAUUUAUUGUUAUUAGAAAUUUAAUGAACAGACAGUAACAAGGAACUUUUGUUAUCUUCUUUUUUUUCUUUUUUUUUUUUUUUUUUCUUUUUUUUGACAAAACUUUUAGUGGCGAUAAUGGAAAAAGAAUCUUUUCAAGAUUUUUUUGUUAUUAUUAGGAUUACCAUAAUUUUGACACGUUUUAUAAUUAAAAGUUUAAGCGAUAAUGUUUGAGGCUCGCGUGCCAAAUAACAAAAUUAAAGUUGAAGAUUCUCACGUAUUCAACGACUUCGAAGAUACUUACCUUCUCUACCUACAAAU